AUGACCGUUCUAUCAUUUUGGUUGUUUGAUUUUGCAGAUGUUGCAAUCAGCUCUCCAUUCGGAGGGGAAAAUAGAAAGGGAAGAGUAUUUAUCUACAACGGGAACAGAAAUGGAUUGAACAAGGACCCUUCCCAGGUUCUAGAGGGGUCGUGGGCCUCUGGCACCCUGCCAGCUGGAUUUGGUUUCACCCUGAGAGGGGAUUCAGACAUAGACAAAAAUGAUUAUCCAGAUCUUAUUGUUGGAGCCUUUGGUGUAGAAAAAGUAGCAGUUUACAGGGCCCGACCUGUAGUUACGGUGGAUGCCCAGCUUCUUCUCAACCCUACAAUUCUGAACCCUGAGAAUAGGAACUGCCAGCUCUCUGUCUCGGACACCUUUGACAUCCUGUUUACUGUGAGAGUCUGUGUACAAGUGUCGGGACAAGCCAUUCCUCAUAAUAUAGUUCUCAAUGUUGAUCUUGAGUUGGACUGGUUGAAACAGAAGGGAGCCGUGAAGAGGACAUUGUUCCUUGACCAUGGUACUGCACAGCACACGUUUGAUCUGGUAGUAGGAAGGGAAAAGGAGACACAGUGCCAAAACUUUGUUGUUUAUCUAAGAGAAGAAUCAGAAUUUCGAGACAAACUCACCCCCAUUACUGUCAACUUGAAUUACAGUUUGGAUGAAUCUGCCUUCUUGAAUGAACAAGAAUUGAAACCAAUAUUAAACCGAUUUAGGGAACCACGGUUACAGGAACAGGCACACAUUCUCGUAGAUUGUGGAGAUGACAAUAUGUGCAUUCCUGACCUGAAACUUUCAGCCCAAUCGGAUAAAAAACAGCUAAUUAUAGGAGAGGAAAACCACAUCCUGUUAACCAUAAACGCACGCAAUGAUGGCGAAGGGGCGUACGAGGCAGAACUCCACGUCAGUGUACCUGAAGAGGCAGAUUAUAUAGGCAUCGAGCGACAUGUGGAGGGUCUGAGGCAACUUAACUGUGAAUACAAAAUGGUAAACGACUCUCGGAUGGUAGUAUGCGACCUUGGAAACCCCAUGGUGGCCGGAACCAAUCUCUCACUUGGCCUGAGAUUUAAUGUGCAGAGGUUAGAAAAUGCAGACCGCAUCAACUUUGGCCUAUACGUGAAAAGUUCCAACAAGGACAAUUCUCAAAGUAACUUUGUUAGUCUGGAAAUCCCUAUAGCUGCCACGGCCCAGGUAGAGAUAAGAGGUGUGUCUCAUCCUCCUCACAUUAUCUUGCCCAUCGCCAACUGGGAACCCAAGCAAAAGCCUUCAGAGGAGGAGGAAAUCGGGCCGCUGGUACAACACAUCUAUGAGCUUCACAAUAUAGGACCAAGUGCAGUUGGCGAGACACACCUUAACGUGGGAUGGCCUUCACAGAGCCGAGAAGAAUUUCUCCUUUAUGUAUUUCAAAUUGAUACAGCAGGACCCAUAACAUGUCAUCCAAGUAGUGCCAUUAACACCUUGGAAAUACAAUAG